AAAACGUUUUGUGUAUCUUAUUUUUGUGAGUACACUAAUACAAUAAUGCUUUUUUUUUUCCUUUUCAUGAAUAAAAAAAAACGUAUUGGGACAAUAAUGGCGGCCUGAUCAACGCUAAGUUAACUGCAACCACGAGAAAAAAAGAAUCCGAGACUAGUUCUUCCCCAACGACCAAUCUUAUGUUGCAUCAAUUUCACAACAGAAGCCUUACCUUUUCAUUACACGCAUAUUGCUUCUUCAAAGUUUCCUUUUAGAUAAAUUCUUAGUCUGAGUAACAUCUCUUUCUUGUCUUGGGGGUUUCUCUGUAAUUGCAGCUGAAUCGGAUCUUGGGCAAUUUUUAAAUUCCGAUUCAACGAGUUUCUCAACUAAGGGUUUGAUUCCUUUUCUUUUUCAUCUUUGUUUAUUCAAAUCUGAAUACUUUGUUAGGUUUCAAUGUGCUGAGAAGUAGAAGAAGCUUCGUUGGCAAGUCCGAAUCUUUUCUUCUUCUUUUUUCUGGGUUUUAUAUUCUUUGCCAACAAUGUUUAAGCUUGCAAAGCAUAUAUUCCUUUGAGUAGCUGUUUUAUUCCUACAAAGAUUUGAUCUUCAAUAGAGAGAGAUAAUGGGAUCUAAUUGUGAUGGGAAUUUGAAAGCAGAGAUUGAAGAAUCUAAUGGUUCUUCUGGCAAAAAUACUAAGGUUCCUCCUUGUCCUCUUGAUGUUUCUACAUCUAGAAGAACUUUGAUUGGUGAUGGUAAACCUAGGAGAUGGUCUAUUAGUGCUUUACCUGAUGCUUCUAGUAGAUUCCAGCUUCUCAAAUUUGGUUCUCCUUCUGCUAAGUUCAAGAAAAUGGCUGAGGAUAGAGACGAGGUUUCACGGUCAGUGACUAGCUCAAGUAACGGAAGCAGUCAUAAUUUCAGGGAAAGAAUCAGUGGCGUGCUUCACCGGAAAAUAGAUUGGAGUUCUCUGAUGAAUAUGGGGAAAGAAUGGAUUAGGAAUCCUAUUAACAUGGCUUUAUUCGUUUGGAUACUUGUUGUUGCAGUCUCUGGUGCUAUUCUCUUCAUGGUUAUGACUGGUAUGUUGAAUCAUGCUUUGCCUAAGAAGUCACAGAGAGAUGCUUGGUUUGAAGUUAACAAUCAGAUUCUUAAUGGCUUGUUUACUUUGAUGUGUCUUUAUCAACAUCCCAAACGGUUUUAUCACUUAGUGCUUCUUUGUAGAUGGAAGCAUGAUGAUAUUACUAAGCUUAGGAAAGCUUAUUGCAAGGAUGGGACUUAUAAGCCUAAUGAAUGGAUGCACAUUAUGGUUGUUGUCAUUUUGCUUCACUUGAAUUGUUUUGCUCAGUACGCGCUUUGUGGUCUUAAUGUUGGAUACAGGAGAUCAGAGAGACCUCCCAUUGGAGUUGCUAUAUGUAUCUCUGCUGCCAUUGGAGCUCCUGCGGUUGCGGGUUUGUACACUAUACUAAGUCCACUUGGGAAAGAUUAUAAUGAUUCUAAUGAAGACGAGGAGAAUCAACUGAAGCAACGUGAAGAAGGGUCUGUUAAUCGUCGGUUUACUUUAGAGAGGAGGUAUUCGUUUGCCUCUGCUUCCACGGGGGUUGGGGAUGGGAUGGUUCCGGUGAGUGAUCCUCAGUGGAGUGGUGGAAUUUUGGAUAUUUGGGAUGAUAUUUCAUUGGCUUAUCUUUCUCUUUUCUGCACUUUCUGUGUCUUUGGAUGGAACAUGGAGAGAGUUGGGUUUGGGAACAUGUAUGUUCACAUAGCUACGUUUAUUCUCUUCUGUUUGGCACCUUUCUUUAUAUUCAACUUAGCUGCGGUUAAUAUCGAUAAUGAGACGGUCAGGGAGGCGUUAGGGAUAUCUGGAAUCCUUCUUUGUGUGUUUGGUUUGCUCUAUGGUGGAUUCUGGAGAAUUCAGAUGAGGAAAAGAUUCAAAUUACCGAGUUAUAAUUUCUGUUUCGGUAGAGCCGCGAUUGCUGAUUGUGCGCUCUGGUUAUGUUGUUGUUGGUGCUCUUUAGCACAAGAAGUUAGGACUGCAAACUCUUAUGAGAUAGUGGAAGACAAAUUCUGCCAAAGAAAAGAAGAGAAGAAUAUGGUAUCUCCGAAUUUGGUAUCACCUUUGCCUCGUGAAGACGGUGUGUUUGAUCCUCGGUUUGGUCUCGGGAGCUCCCCUAAGAACAUAAGUGGAGCUAGUUCUCCUAGCCCGAGCAGGUUUUGGAAAGAGGCACAUAGCCCAAAUGUACAGACACCUAGAGAGAAAGAAGAGGUUAAAAGCGAUGUUGCUCUGACUCCACCUUCUCCUCUGUCUAUACACCGAGAAGCUUGAUUUGUAAAACCAUGGAAAUCCGAGUCCACUGGUAACCCUCCUUUCCUUUCUCUUUAGAUGUUGUAUGAAUAUGAUUUGAGGACAACUUUUGAAUACAAGUCUCUUUGAGUGUUUUACAAAAAAAAUUAUGAAGCUGGUUUCUUCAUGUGAGUUGUAUACAAUUUCAGUUUCUGGUUUAGAGAACUUUCACGGCUUCUUCUGUAAUGUAAAUUUGUCUGUCAUGCUUCAGUGAGACUUUGAGUGAUCUAUGUACCUUUGCAGGCUUUGCUUUUUUACUUCUAAUUCAUGAUUCGAACCAGAUGGUUGGAGAAGUUGUUGGCUUUUGAGGUUAAGUAGUAAGAACCAUAGGAGAUUUUGAGUCAGUCAUAUUCACAAUUCUUUAUUUUGCUUGGUUUUCUGGUCCGGUUUGGGGUUCAAAUUCUCAAGUCUCAGUGGAUUACAUAAGGGAUCACAGUGUAUCUAUAAACCCACGUAUCGCUAAUGGUGAUCUACACCUGAUUUAGAUAGAGGAGACUCCACAAUGUUAACAAAUAAUAUAAAACUAUAGUGCUAUUAGUGAAAAUGAUACCACAAGUUGUCAUUAGCAGAGAAAGAUCAGUAUCAAUAUCCAAUAUAGGAAUGAAGCGUCACUGUCUUAAAGAGUCAUUAUCGUGGAGAACCACAUCACUAAUCCACUUAUGUGUAGUUAGUUGUUUGUAAUCAACUUUUUGUAUUUUCUUGUGUAAUCCAACUUUUGAUGUAUUAGUUUAAGCUGUAUUACUUUUAAAAGCUUGCCUUUAUUUUCCUUGUGAAAUUCUG